GUUGUGUUAUAGUUAGAACCGGAGAAACAAGUAGGAUAUGGAGGCCUGUAUUGAGCACCGGGGUAAAGCGGGGCCUGGUGGUAGGCUGGACAUGAGCCAUGGAUUCGUUCAUCACAUUCGUCGGAAUCAGAUAGCCAGGGAUGACUAUGAUCGAGAAGUGAAAGAAGCAAAAGAGAAACAGAAGAAAAGAUACACAGUAGGAGCACCUCGUCCUAAGAAGCCUGACUUGCAGGUUUAUCAUCCAAGAUGGAAAGGAAAGUCACAGGAGGCUGCUGAUCUAGGGUAUGAUGGCUCUAACAAUAGUGGCUCUAGCACAGAACCAGACCAGUAUGGCACUGAGCUAUUUUGUCUGGAGUUUGAAGCAGAUGGAGGAGAAAUAACAUCUAUUAUUGUUUAUGAGGAUGAUGACGCAGAGCAGCUGGCCAAAAAAAUAUCGGUUCAGAACAAUCUGGAAGUUAACAUGAGAGAGGCCCUGAAAAAGCGAAUCCAGGAGGAGAUAACUAAACGAAAGGCGCCUCGCUGACGUUAAUAUUUAGAUCAAGCAAGCUCGCUCUGAGUGAAUUCUCAGUGGAUUGGACGUAGCAGCAUUCCGUGCUACCCUGGGUAUGCCGGCGUUGAUAGAAAGAGGAGGAAGAUUGUGUUAAACAAGCACAUGAAGGCUUGGAAGGAGACUUGCUGAAUUUGCGCAUCCUGACAACUUUACAUGUGGAUAGGCAGGAGACCAGAUCUGUACAGUUUCCUUAGUUAGCGUUUUGUUGGCUCAGACAGGAUUUCUUUCUAUCCUUCCGUUAGUGGAAUCAAAGACUAAAUAAAAGGGAGGUUUCAGAGAUGACCUGUAAAAGGUCUUUACUAUGACACUUUAAGUAGUAAUGUCACUGAAAUAUUUGUGAUGACACAGUAUUUAGAAGUUAACCAGUAUCCUCUCAGAAGAAAUAGCCUACUCAUAAGUAUGUUGGGUUUGGGAAUAUGGCGGUUUGGUAUCUUGCUGUUCUCUAAACCACCACACACGGCACAUUAAAGUCAAUAUUUAUUUAUUUAUCAUAAAUCAAUGCAUUGUCUCCAGACAACAUCAAUGUUUUUAAAACAUUUCAAAAUUAAUUCUGUUAGAAAAAUAUGAAUUGUUUUGCAGUUCCAGGUCAUGCUAAUUGAAAUUUAUCUUGGCUGUAACUAAUUAGGGACAGAUAUAAACAAGCUGCGACAUGUAUCAACCAAUCACUGUGCAGCAUAUAGCAGGGUCAGGGUUGCGAAUUCCAUGGAAUACACUUCAGGUUCUACUAUAUUAUGAGGUAAAUUACAGGAAAAGCAGGCUCAAUAAAUAAUGCACGUGCAUUACCAGUAUUUAUUUUAUUUUUUUAAAUUAUCCUUAGUUAAACACUUGUUUUGAAUUAAAUGUUUAGUUUAAAGGGACAUUAAACCCAACUUUUUUAUUUCAUGAUUUAGAUAAAGAAUACAAUUUUAAACAACUUUUCAAUAUACUGCUAUUACUUCAUUUGCUUCAUUCUUCAGAUAUCCUUUGUUAAAGAAAUAGCAAUGCACAGGGUGAGCCAAUCACACAAGGCAUCUGUGCAGCCACCAAUCAGCAGCUACUGAGCCUAUCUAGAUAUGCUUUUCAACAAAGAAUAUUAAGAGACUGAAGCAAAUUAGAUAAUAUAAUUAAAUUGGAAAGUUGUUUAAAAUUGCCUGCUCUUUCUAAAUCUUGUCCCUUUAAGAUUACAUAUGUUAUCUUACAAUAAAACUGUUAAAAAAAAAAAAAAAAACGUUUUAGAAAGGGACGUUAAAAUGAGUGGACUGUAACAUAAAAGUAUGCUUAGGGGCAGUUUGAACGCUUGUAAAUCUAAAAACUGGUUGAUAAUCUGAACAAUUACUUUUAUUUUUAACAGUAUUAACUAUUUCAGUUGUGUAUUUAUGUUAAAGUGCUGGAAGAUAAACACCUUUGUUUAGUACGGACACCUUUGUUUUUAAUAAAAUAUUUACGAAGUGGUUGAACUUCA